AUGGAAUCAAAAAAACCAAAUUUCAACUUAUUAGUCAGAUACCAAAAUAAUAAAGACAACAAAUGCUCUAUCUUUUUAUUAGGAGCCAACAUGAUAAGAGAGAUUAUAUCAUUUUUAACAUUCCAAGAGUACUUGAAUUUUACAAUGACCUGCAAAAAAUUUUGGAAAUAUGUCUAUGACCCUCAUGUCUCCAUUCAUGAUAAGCAUCACCAAUUAGACAAAGUAAAUACGUUAUUCAAUGGCGAUGAUGUAGGAACAAGCCUAAUUGAGUCAAUACUUGAAGCAAAUUUAUCAACUGGAAAGCUGCCAUCUGUAGCCUUAAAAUGAUCAAAGUGCCCAUCAAUAAUUUUUCAUUAUUUAUCAUAUAAGCAAGAGCAUUUAUUUUUUGGUUAUGAAGACAAUAAUAUAUUGGUCUUUUCAAUAUCUUCAUUCAGAAAUGACUUCACAAGAAAAGAAACUUGAAUUUGCCAAGAUAGAAUUAUUGCUGCUGCUGGUCAUAAAAAUAGAAUUGUCUGCUCUAGUGGAGGAAAUUUGGAAUUAUUUUCGUAUGGCCCAGAUCCCUCACUUGAAUAUUUUCCUGAUAUAAAUUGCUCGAGGCUUACAAAGCAAGAUGACCGAAAAAAGCCAAUUUUAAAAAUUGAGUAUUUCAAUAAUGGGCAGCAUAUUAUUUGCUUAAAAAAAUACGAGGCAGUUUUAUUUAAUAGGCAGUUGGAGAAGCUUCGAGCUAUGAAAUUUGAAGAAUCAAAAACAAUGAUAAGUCAUUCAUACUUGAAAUCGGAUAAUUAUUUAAAUUUGCAUAUUCCAAACCCUGCAGCAAAUGCCUUUUUUAUUCACUAUGAAAAUAUAAUUAAGUUUUACAAUGCUAAUCAAUCGAUUCCUGCAAAUGAAAUCCAAAUUACAACCAAAGUCACAUGUUUGAAAUCAACAAAAUAUGAAACUCCUGAUGGAUACCAGCAUUCGGUUGUAUUAUUUUUAGAUGGGAAUAAUCAGCUCUAUAAAAAUAAAACAAAAUUGAAUGUUUUUUGCCACAAUGGAUUUGCAGUGAUAAAAGAAUAUAUCAUAUUCCAAGAUGGAAGAUCAAACAAUUUUGUCAUUUUCAACAUAGCAACUUCAACUUAUCAUAGCGUAGAAGAUCAAUGAAGCUUCCGAUGCUUGAAUUUUCAAUAUUUUAUUGAUGUCUCUCCAUUCAAAAUCAUGUAUAUUUCUAAAUCUGAAAGAGCAUCUGAUAAGCUAAUAAAAGUCCAUUUGCAAAGAUAUAGUGAUAGCCAGCCUAUAAUAUUGAAUACGCCAUUUGGAAGAUUGCUUAAUUGUACGUAUUCUCAUCCUUUUCUAGUCUUAGCUGGAAUUAGGUAUAGCGCCUAUGGAAUUAUGACUGUCAAUAUCUAUUCUGCAAUUCCAGCUACUGCCUAUUAUCAAACCAUUAACAGUUUUUUACCUCCUAAAUUAAGUAGACCUAAAGAAGAUGAUUAA